AUGGCUAUACCAAACCUGUUCCGGAGAUCAGACGAAAACACCAGAACAGCAUGGGGCUACAGUUUUCAAUGGACCCCCGAACAUUUGUCGGGGGAGCAGAUGGAGCCCAUGAAGCAUUCCUAUGACAGAUUAGCCGAUGAGUGUCUUACGCGACUAAAUGAGAUCUCGCCACCCCCACAAAAAGCCCUACCUCGAACGACCGAUAGAGGGGCCCAGAACAGCAAGACUGGAAAGGAGAAACCAAAGAGAGAUCUCUAUCUGCUCCUACGAGAUAAUGCGGAUAAGGACGAUAAAUUAGCAGAAUUGUGGAAUCAAGUGAAUACUGUUCCCGACUGGGUGGACUGGGACCAGAUCGAGAGGGGCCAGGAGGUGUUCUACCGAUAUGGUAUCCCAGCUCUGAAUGCGCUUGGAUUCGAGAGUCUGCUAGGAGGAAUGGGUGCUGGACGCAUCGUUGAAACCCUUGCUCGCACGGGGGGGUUUUCAGCAAAAAUUGCCCGGCACCGGAUGUUCGAGACGACUCAGUUUGUUUUCCAAGUCACCAUGUCCCUCAAGAAUAUCCAGCCAGGAGGAGACGGCUUUGCUUCCGCAGUAAGAGUUCGGUUGCUCCAUGCAGCUGUCCGAGCGCGCAUCCUCAACCUGGCCAAAACAAGACCAGAUUAUUAUAGUGUGGAGAGGUUCGGCGUCCCAGUCAACGACCUGGAUUGCAUCAGCACGAUCGGGUCGUUUUCCACCCUCCUGGUCUGGCUCAGCUUACCGCGCCAGGGCAUUUUCCUCCGCGAACAAGAAAUCCUCGAUUAUAUUGCUUUUUGGCGUCUGGUGGCUUACUACCUUGGUACGCCAACUAAGCCAUUUGAGUCACCUGAAAAAGCACGGAAAAUGAUGGAAUCCAUCCUUGUGUAUGAAGUCAACCCGACCGAGAUGAGUAAGAUCUUGGCGAACAAUAUCAUCACCAGUCUGGAAAAUACACCUCCUGCAUGGGGAAGCCGUGGGUUCUUGGAAGCUACUGCUCGCUGGCUAAAUGGUAAGGAGCUUUCUGAUAGGCUUGGUAUUGGAACACCGGGAUACUACUACUAUGGGUUGGUACUUGGGUAUUGUAUUUUUGUCAGUUUGUGGUGCUAUGUCCAAAGGACCUUCCUCUAUUUGGAUAGAAGACACAUUGCCAGAAUGCGCCGCCAUUUCUGGAAGAUCAUUCUCGACGAGAAGAUCGGACUUGGCGAGGAAACCAAGUUCGACUUCAAAUACGUGCCCGGUUACGAUCUGACGACGGAACAGGGCGGGAAGGUCGAGCGUAUAAAGCAAAACUUUGGUAUCGAGCUGCUGGGUUUCUUGGGUUUGGCUGGGGCUACAGUCACCACAGCUGCGAUGGGAACUAUUGGGUAUGUGACAUAUUUGAGGGCACAGUGGGGGUGGAAGUUGAUGGAGAUACUCGCCAGCGUAACGAUAGGCUUUAGCCAGCUUCCCAGUUUUAACUCCAUCCUAGGUUCUUCCACCACUAACUACCCCUUCGAAAGCAGCUUGCAUGGCUUAACUAACCCAGCGACCAGUCUCAUCUGUGAGGACAGCAAAUCCAGCUCUAGACUGCGUGGCUGUUUCAAGUCGAGAAACUCUCAUGCUCUGUUCUGGUUCGUCGGCGCCCGCAACGAGGGGCUCAAACAGUCUGAGUUGCAGCCCCGAUCGCCAGUCUCCACACCGCACAACACUCGAUGAACUAACUACAUUUAGAGCUUCGCGGUUUCAUCAGGCACUCGUAAAGGAGGAUCCUACAGCUAACGAGCUUUUCAUAAAUAGGAGGAUUUGUAUUCGAUUUUCCUACGCCUCUAUUACAACUCAUCUGGGAAACCCGUUCCUGGGCUCAGAGAUGACGCCCAUGCCUGAUCCUGCUAAGCGCCAUGGGAGAUCAAUCAACAAGAACUUCCACAAGAUCGCCGGCGUUCUAAUAAUACUUCUAUUAUGAUCAAGCCACCAGCCUACUAGCUAAUGUCGUGCAGAUGGCCAAGGUUGCGACACGAAUCUUCACGCCGCGUACCUGCAGGCGGUUAAGGUUUUCCUAGGCGUUUGAGAGGGCAAGCGAGAAAGCCAGCGAGUCCAGUGACUCUGGAAGGGGCCAGAUGCAACACGCAAAAAUAAGCCUCCUCGAAAUGGAGCUCUUCCAGCCAAACACAGAGAAAAUACGGCGACGACGUGCCGAUUCUACCAGCAAGCUAGACAGCUUGGCGAUCGCAGCGGGUUUCCGGGUUCCACCAGGCACCAGUCAAAUCAGGCACAGGAUCUCGGCGCAUCCUUGCCGACAACCUCUGGCAGCUUCGUAAUGUCCAUUGACCAGUCAAUUACCGGCGUUUCGAUCUUGAACUGUCAACAUGCUACUCCUCUCUGAGGGGAAAAGAGGAAGAGAGAUGUUUCUCGCAACGCUAACUAGCUCUAGCUAUAUGUUUUCAGGCUAAAAGGAUGUUUUAUUGGUAGAUUAACUUUCUACCUCUCGUUUCAUCUCUCUUUCUCAGGCUUCCGAAGAAGGGAAGUUUCGCGCCCAAAGGAACCAAGAGCCAGCGAGGUUUGACCUGGCAACCGCAAGACUGGAAAAUCAGCAUGAGUGAACUAAAAUAAUGAAACAGCAAACAGCUGUCUUCAAGCUAAACGCCUAGCCAAGGGAAACUUUCAGUUUCUAUUUGGGUUAUUUUGUCUAAAGCCCGGCGCCUGGUCCCUAGUUAUCGGCGGAAGAGCAGAGUUCCGGUUUUUUUUUUUUUUUUUUUUUU